AUGGAGUGUUACUACAUUGUCAUCAGCUCCACGCAUCUCAGCAACGGACACUUUCGCAACAUCAAGGGAGUUUUCCGGGGCCCUCUCAGCAAGAACGGGAACAAAACUCUGGACUAUGCUGAGAAGGAGAACACUAUUGCCAAAGCUCUGGAGGAUCUGAAGGCAAAUUUUUACUGUGAACUCUGUGACAAGCAGUAUUAUAAGCAUCAGGAAUUUGACAAUCACAUUAAUUCAUAUGACCAUGCUCACAAGCAGAGGCUCAAAGAACUGAAACAGAGAGAAUUUGCUCGAAAUGUAGCAUCUAAAUCCAGGAAGGAUGAAAGAAAACAGGAAAAGGCACUCCAACGUCUUCACAAGCUGGCUGAGCUAAGAAAGGAAACUGUGUGUGCUCCUGGAAGUGGCCCCAUGUUCAAGUCAACAACUGUUACUGUGAGAGAAAAUCUCAAUGAAGUUUCCCAAAGAGAGAUUGUAGAUUCAGUUAAUAACCAGCAAGAUCUGAUUCACAGUGAAGAAAAAGGGAAAGAUGUCACCACCGCUUCUGCAGAAACAGAAAGUGCAAGUAACUGCACCACAAAUAAUUGCCAGCUUGGGGAUCAAGUUCAGGGCAUGCACAGACAUAGAAUUGGCUUUUCCUUUGCAUUUCCAAAGAAAGCCUCUGUGAAGCUGGAGUCUUCAGCUGCGGCCUUCUCUGAAUACAGUGAUGAGUCCUCUGUGGAGAAAGAAUUCAGCAGGAAAACCAGAUUUGUCCCCAGCACUUGUCACCUUCAACUAUUAUCGCCACCAUGUGAGCUCCUCAGUUCUGAAGAGAAAGCUAACUCUCUUCAUCCACCGGAGGCCAUGUGUACUGACAAAGCAACUGCUCCAAUCGAAGAGACAAAAGAAAUCUCUAAUGAAAAACACACACUGUUGGCUUCCUUUUGCCAGCUUCAACUCCCUGUAUGUUCUGAUGCAGAUACUUGCCAAAAUUCAGCACCAUUUGAAGAUCAAAUGUCAAUGGAAGAUGCUAUUGUUAAUGAAGACAUACCUGUGAGUAAAAACAGCCCUGACUUCAUAGAAAAGAAUCCCACUGUGCCUAGUGACUGCACACCAGCACAAACUACCACAGAGGAAAAUGCUAAGAUUAAUGAUGUGGCCAAAAUGGACAUCGGAAAUAAAAUUGAUCAUGAGCCAUUGGCACCUUCAAACACAGCGGGGGAAAACAUCAGGUUGCAGCACAGACCGGGUUUAUGUAAAGGACAACGUGACCCAUUUGUACCUGUACUUAACAAACUGGGAUCUACCGUGCUCCAGUGGCCAUCAGAAAUGCUAGUUUAUACAGCCACGGAGCCAUCAAUAUCGUACAGCUGUAAUCCACUCUGCUUUGACUUCAAGUCCACUAAAUUAAACAACAAUCAACAUAAAGGUAAGCCGACCUUAAAUGACCUUAAUUCUCAACAGAAGGAGGACUUUUGCAAGAGGCCAGAUGCUGAUUGCAAUGAUGUACUAAUCGCAGGAGUCACAAAUAAUGAAAUUAGCAGUAAUACAAAUGAUCACACUAAAUUUACUGCUCUUCAGGCUGUCCACACUCUGUCCAACAGUUAUGAUUUAGAACAAAAUGAGAAUGUGGGUCAGAGGUAUAAAGAUAUUUCCUGUAUGAACAGAAAAACAAACAAAUACAAUUUUGCUAGAAAUCAAAUUAAGCGAGAUACUCUAAAUGGGAAAUACAAGAAACUCAGGUUGAAGGAGACUCGUGAGCACUGGUUUCAUAAAAGUAGAAGGAAGAAAAAAAGAAGAAAGUUAUGUCACCAUCGUCCUGGGCAGACAACCAAAGAAGCUGAAAGUUACUGCAAAGCAGAAAUGGAGAGCCGGUGCACUGAUGAGACUGGGAAGCGUCCACAGGAACCAGUUCCUGAAAGGCAGCAAAGGAGUCCAGAGCAACGGUCAGACUUACAUCAGCUACCGGAUGGAAGACCCAAAGCUGCAUCUAUAAAUGUAAGUGAAAAUGGAGAAAUGAAUACAACAUUGGACCCUGAAUCCAACAACCACGCUAUCAGUUCACAAAACCAUGAAGGAGAAGACACAAUAGUUGUAAAUGGACAAACAAAUCCACCAAUGAUACAUCCUGGGAAACAAAACUUAACAUAUUCCAGAACUUACUGCUGUUGGAAAGCCAGAUCAUCAAGCUAUCAAGGGGAUGACAGGUGCUUAGUUCCACAAAGUGAUAUGAAAGUUCCCAGUCAGAAUCAGCCUAUUAAAAGAGGUUACAAUUCUCUCAUGACUGAAGCAGAAAGAUCUCAUCGGAAGCGCAGACAACAUUCAUGUUCUUAUUCAUCAGAUGAAAAUUUAAAUCAACAGAAUAAGUUAGCAGAAGAUUAUUUGAAGCCACUGAGUGCUUCUGUCACUCCCUGUCAGCCGAAGAAGAAACGAAGGAGAAAAAGAAGCAGAUUCCACAUUGGAGGUAGAACUUUGAAAAUCAAAGACAAUUCAGAUUAUUCCAUGAAGAACAAUUCUUCUCUGAGUCACCCAGAUGGCUUAGCAAAGGAAGACACAAAGGAGGAAAUAAAACCACAAGAUAAUAUAACUAUCGAGAAGAACUCAGAACAAACAGAGCAAACCGAAAACAAAGUGACAUUACACCCUUACAAUCCACUUCCUUCUGAAACCAGUGGCAAAGAUGAGCAUUUGGUAACGGAGACUACUCCAUGUGACUUAUCACAGGCUUCCAAUGAUCCCUCUACAUCUGUGCAUGUAGCAAGGGCCCCAUCAAAUGACUCAAAUGACACUAACUUGCCAGAACAAAAUCAAAGAAGCCAGACUAUAAACAGUAACGAAAAGCAAAUUCCUUUCAAGGUGCCUCAUACUGAAAGGAACUUUAGAAAUGCACAGACUAAAUCAUACAUUUGCCGUUAUGAGCUAGCCGAGACCAUUCCACAGGGAAGGAUGUCUGAGGCGUCAACAGAGUGGCUGUGUUACAAUCCCGGAAUCCUCAGCUCGCAACCACCACCACUCCAGUUCAAGGAAGCCCAUGUCAGCGGCCAUGCCUUCGUAACAACAGAGCAAAUCCUGGCUCCAUUAGCUUUACCAGAGCAAGCAUUAUUGAUUCCACUAGAAAACCAUGACAAGUUAAAACAUCUACCAUGCGAGGUCUACCAGCACAUUAUUCAGCCAAACGUGCUGGCCAGCAAGGUCAAAUUGACCCUCCCUCCUGCUCCCCUGCCUCCUCCUAGCACUCCUGUGCAGCCUUUGCCUUUGCAGCGACCCUUCUGUUCUACCUCUGUUACCACUAUCCAUCACACUGUUUUACAGCAUCACGCUGCAGCUGCUGCAGCUGCAGCCGCAGCCGCAGCUGCAGGAACCUUCAAAGUGCUUCAGCCACACCAACAGUUUCUGCCCCAAGUCCCAGCUCUCGCCAGAACAUCUAUACCUCAGAUCUCGGUAGGAACUGUAGGACCUAGGCUUUGUCCCGGCAGUCAGCCAGCCUUGGUGGCUUCUCCUCAGCUGCCAAUCAUUCCCACAUCAGUUCUUCACCCCAGCCACUUGGCUUUUCCACCUUUACCCCACGCACUUUUUCCUUCAUUGCUUUCACCACAUCCAGCGGUCAUUCCUCUGCAGCCCCUCUUCUAG